AUGAGCCCCAAGUUCAUGCCAAGCUCGAUGCUGUCGUUUAGCUUCAUGUUGUCGACAGGGUGGCCCUGGGCUCGGCCAAGCCGUGAAUCGGAACGCUGGCUAGUGCCCGUCGCGAGCAAGUUUGUCGAUUCUGUCGAUGUUUUCUCUCAAAGUGCCGCUUCCAAGACAUUGGACGAUGAGGAUUCAUGCGAGUUGCUGAGACGGCCGACGACCAGACGAUCUAACGAUGAUCCGUGGCGUCAUGAACAAUUGGGGCCGCUGCUCGAAAUCUCUGUUGCAAUUCCACCUGCUUCAAAGGGCAGAGGCUCACCCCCUAUGUAUUUCGGGGCUCUUGGUUUGAAGCAAAAGGGAGAGAACGUCGCAUGGGACGCCCUGGUGGAAAGCAGGAGCACUGGCCCACAAGGCUGGGCCGGCCAACCUCCACGUAUUUACUCGGCCGAGUAA